AUGGCUGGAACUUACGAAAGGAGCGAUAAGCCUCAAGAUGAAGAUAUUGUCAUUUCGAUCAAACCGGCGGCAAUGAAAGAGGUCGUAUCUGGCCUCAAGACUCACGAGUUUCGGAGAUAUUCGAUCCCAGAAUCUGUGAGGAGAGUAUGGUUCUACGUCAUGGCACCUGUGCAGGAGCUUCAGUACAUCGCAACCAUCGGCCGCGAGAGGCGACCAGGACAAAUUGAUGAAGCAGACAAGGGUGUUGGAAAUUUGGAAUUUAAUGAUGGAAAAUUGGAUGCAAACUACGCAUACAAGAUACUUCAACUCUACGAACUGGAGGAUCCAUUCACGUUCUAUGAACUCAAGGAAUAUGACAAUCAAUGA